AGUUGUAUGAGUGAUGUUUUCUCCUCCCCUCUCCACCAUCCACACGAAAGAGGGUGUCUGGCAGGUCCUCAUCCAGUGCGGACAGUCUGCCAACAACUGUUCCAGUAAAUUCGGAGCUCGUCUACAGAACUCGUAGUGCACCCGCCCAGCAGAACAACAUUUGAAAUAGAUGUACUUCUCAACCAAUCGUAUUGCAAUAUGGAGAGUAUUUCCUGUCUUUUAACAAAUCAGAAAUAGAUACACAAAAAAAAUCCAAACUUGAAUAUGUCAGCAAAACAGAGGGGGAGGGGAUCAACUGAUAGCAGCAGUCAUAUUGGAAGCUAAAAUUAUGAUCUGAGGUUUCUAAAUCGAUUAUUUCCCCAAGAAAAGCAGUUGAACAGUCUCUCCAAGGACAUGUCCACACCCACGGACCCAUCUGGAGGAAUGUCCCACCCUGGUCCAUCCCCAGGCCCAGGCCUAUCUCCUGGUCCUAUCCUGGGGCCCAGCCCUGGUCCAGGCCACUCUCCUGGGUCAGUGCACAGCAUGAUGGGCCCCAGCCCAGGGCCUCCCAGUGGGCCUCACAGCAUGCAGGGCCAGGGGCCUGGAGAUUACCCUCAGGAAGGCAUGCAUCAGUUGCAUAAGCCUAUGGAGGGGAUGCUGGAGAAAGUGGCGAUGGGUGAGGAGGUGCACUUUGGCCAGAUGAAGAAUGUGGGUAUGAGGACUCUGCACAGUGGCAUGGGUCCCCCUCAGAGCCCCAUGGAUCAGCACAGCCAAGGGUACAUGUCCCCUCACCCCUCACCCAUGGGUGUCCCCGAGCACGCACCCAGCCCCAUGUCCAGCAGGGGACCCACCCCUCCCCAGAUGCCCCCAGCCCCCCCGGUCCAAAUGAUGCCCAUGGACCCGCAGCCGGGCCGUGGGCCAUCCUCCUUCAGCCCAAUCCAGCUACAGCAGCUCCGCGCCCAGAUCCUGGCGUACAAGAUCCUGGGCCGCGGGCAGCCGCUGCCAGAGAACCUGCAGCUGGCUGUGCAGGGCAAGAGGAGCCUUCCCACCAUGCAGCAACCGUCCGUCAACACUGGCCCCUACAGCCGGCCACCAGGUAUGCCAAUGCCUCCUAUCAGCGGACCUGUCCCUGGGCCAUGCCCUGCGCCUGCCAUGCAAGGACACGCUCAAAGCCCCGCACCAAAGCCCUGGCCGGAGGGUCAAGGUGCUGGUGAACCCUCCACAACCCCCCAGAAGCACCCGGUGCCCACCCCCAGCGGCCGGCCGUCCCCCGCGCCGCCCACCGCCCAGCCGCAGCAGCAGCCACUGCCCCACCAGCCCCCCGCCCAGCAGCAGCAACCUCUCCAGCAGCAGCAGCAGCAGCAGCAGCAGCCUGGCCACCCCUCCCUCAUCAUCCAGCUGCAGCAGAAGCAGAGCCGCAUCACGCCCAUCCAGAAGCCCCAUGGCCUGGACCCUGUUGAGAUCCUGCAGGAGCGCGAGUACAGACUGCAGGCCAGGAUCGCUCACCGCAUCCAGGAGCUGGAGAACCUGCCUGGCUCCCUGCCUCCAGACCUGCGCACCAAAGCCACGGUGGAGCUCAAGGCCUUAAGGCUGCUCAACUUCCAGCGGCAGCUGAGGCAGGACGUGGUGGCCUGUAUGCGGCGGGACACCACGCUGGAGACAGCGCUCAACUCCAAGGCCUACAAGCGCAGCAAGCGGCAGACCCUGAGGGAGGCGCGCAUGACCGAGAAGCUGGAGAAGCAGCAGAAAAUUGAGCUGGAAAGGAAGCGCCGACAGAAGCACCAGGAAUAUUUGAACAGUAUCCUUCAACAUGCCAAAGACUUCAAAGAGUACCACAGGUCCAUUUCUGGAAAGAACCAGAAGCUUACCAAGGCCGUUGUCACGUGGCACACCAACACGGAGCGUGAGCAGAAGAAGGAGACGGAACGGAUCGAGAAAGAGAGGAUGAAGAGGCUGAUGGAGGAGGAUGAGGAGGGCUACCGGAAGCUGAUUGACCAGAAGAAGGACAAGCGUCUGGCCUACCUGCUGCAGCAGACGGACGAGUACGUGGCCAACCUCACCACCCUGGUGUACGAGCACAAGGCCGCCCAGGCCGCCAGGGUGAAGAAAAAGAAGAGGAAGAAGAAGAAGUCACCGAAAUUGGAUGAGAACGCUGAAGGACUUGGAGCCUUUGGGCCUGAUGGAGAGCCCAUGGACGAGAGCAGUCAGAUGAGUGAGCUGCCAGUCAAGGUGAUCCAGACGGAGACGGGCAAAGUGCUGCAGGGCACCGAGGCCCCCAAGUCCAGUCAGCUGGAGGCCUGGCUGGAGAUGAACCCAGGCUAUGAAGUGGCCCCACGGUCCGACAGCGAGGAGAGCAGCUCCGAGUAUGAGGAGGAGGACGAGGACGAGUCCACGUCACACCUGGACUUGGAGGAGAAGAAGUCCAAGGACCCCAGCGGAGACGCGAUGUUCGACAGUGCCACCAAGCACAUCAUCGAUUCGGUAAAGCAGGACGUGGAUGACGAGUACAGCGCUCAGGCUGGUGAAAACAGUUCUCAGUCCUACUACGGCGUGGCCCAUUGCGUCAUCGAGAGGGUGGAGAAGCAGUCCUCCCUGCUGAUCAACGGCACCCUGAAGCAUUACCAGAUCCAGGGCCUCGAGUGGAUGGUGUCGCUGUACAACAACAACCUGAACGGCAUCCUGGCCGACGAGAUGGGCCUGGGCAAGACCAUCCAGACCAUCGCCCUCAUCACCUACCUGAUGGAGUUAAAGAGGCUCAACGGGCCCUACCUGAUCAUCGUGCCCCUCUCAACUCUCUCCAACUGGGUGUAUGAGCUCGACAAGUGGGCACCAACCAUUAUCAAAAUCGGAUACAAGGGCACGCCCUCCAUGCGUCGAAACCUGGUGCCUCUGCUGCGCAGCGGCAAGUUCAACGUGCUCCUGACCACCUACGAGUACAUCAUCAAGGACAAGCACAUCCUGGCCAAGAUCCGCUGGAAGUACAUGAUUGUGGACGAAGGUCACCGCAUGAAGAACCACCACUGCAGGCUGACGCAGGUGCUGAACACACACUACGUGGCCCCACGGCGUCUCCUGCUCACCGGGACGCCGCUGCAGAACAAGCUGCCCGAGCUCUGGGCCCUGCUCAACUUCCUCCUGCCCACCAUCUUCAAGAGCUGCAGCACCUUCGAGCAGUGGUUCAACGCACCCUUCGCCAUGACCGGAGAGAGAGUGGACCUGAAUGAAGAGGAGACCAUUCUGAUCAUUCGCCGUCUGCACAAGGUACUCCGCCCCUUCCUGCUGCGUCGCCUGAAGAAGGAGGUGGAGUCUCAGCUUCCAGAGAAGGUGGAGUACGUCGUCAAAUGUGACAUGUCGGCCAUCCAGAAGGUUCUGUACCGGCACAUGCAGGGCAGGGGCAUCCUGCUGACUGACGGCUCAGAGAAGGACAAGAAGGGUAAAGGAGGAGCGAAGACCUUGAUGAACACCAUCAUGCAACUGAAGAAGAUCUGCAAUCAUCCUUACAUGUUCCCGCACAUCGAGGAAUCGUUUGCGGAGCACUUGGGUUUUCCGAAUGGCAUGAUCAAUGGCCUUGAGCUGUACCGUGCGUCCGGUAAGUUUGAGUUGCUGGACCGCAUCCUGCCCAAGCUGCUGGCCACGAACCACCGCGUGCUGCUCUUCUGCCAGAUGACCACCCUCAUGACCAUCAUGGAGGACUACUUUGCCUACCGCAACUUCAAGUACCUGCGCCUGGACGGUGCCACCAAGUCGGAGGACCGCGCAGCGCUGCUGAAGAGGUUCAACGAGCCCGACUCGCCGUUCUUCAUCUUCCUGCUGAGCACACGCGCCGGGGGCCUGGGGCUCAACCUGCAGGCGGCCGACACCGUGGUGAUCUUCGACAGCGACUGGAACCCCCACCAGGACUUACAGGCGCAGGACCGCGCUCACCGCAUCGGGCAGAAGAGCGAGGUGCGCGUGCUGCGCCUUUGCACCGUCAACAGCGUGGAGGAGAAGAUCCUGGCUGCCGCCAAGUACAAGCUCAACGUGGACCAGAAGGUCAUCCAGGCCGGCAUGUUCGACCAGAAGUCGUCCGGCCACGAACGGCAGGUUUUCCUGAAGGCCAUCCUGACGCACGAGGAGCAGAACGAGGAGGAAGACGAGGUCCCAGAUGACGAGACCCUGAACCAGAUGAUUGCCAGGAUCGAGGACGAGUUUGAGCUCUUCAUGCGCAUGGACCUGGACCGGCGGCGCGAGGACGCCCGCAACCCCAAGCGCAAGCCUCGUCUGAUGGAGGAGGACGAGCUGCCAUCCUGGAUCCUGAAGGACGACGCCGAGGUGGAGCGGCUCACCUGCCAGGAGGAGGAGGAGAAGAUGUUCGGCCGCGGCUCGCGCAGCCGGCGCGACGUGGACUACAGCGACGCGCUCACAGAGAAGCAGUGGCUGAGGGCGAUCGAGGACGGGAACCUGGAGGAGAUGGAGGAGGAGAUCCGCCUGAAGAAGCGCAAGCGGAGGCGGCACAGCGACAAGGACGGCCGGCGCGAGGGCAGCGAGAAGGCCAAGAAGAAACGGGGCCGACCGCCGUCGGAGAAACUCUCGCCCAACCCCCCGAAACUCACCAAGCAGAUGACCGCCAUCGUGGACACGGUCAUCAACUACAGGGACAGCUCUAGCAGGCAGCUCAGCGAGGUCUUUGUGCAGCUGCCCUCGCGUAAGGAGCUCCCAGAGUAUUACGAGCUGAUAAGGAAACCUGUGGACUUCAAAAAGAUCAAGGAGCGCGUGCGCAGUCACAAGUACAGGAGCGUGAGCGACCUGGAGAAGGACGUCAUGCUUCUCUGUCACAACGCCCAGACUUUCAACCUGGAGGGCUCACAGAUCUACGAGGACUCCAUCGUGCUUCAGUCGGUGUUUAAGAGUGCCAGGCAGAAGAUUGCGAAGGAGGAGGAGAGCGAAGACGACAGUGAUGACGAUGACGAGGAGGAGGAGGAGUCCGAGGCUGAGUCCAAGUCAGUGAAAGUGAAGAUCAAGCUGAGCAAAAGAGAGGAGCGCAGUCACGACAAAGGCAAGAAGAGGCAGAGCCGUGGCAAGGCCAAGCCUGUGGUCAGCGAUGAGGACAGCGAGGACGAGCUGGAGGAGAAGGAACAGUCCGAGGGGAGCAGGAGUGAGGAUGAGUGAGGAUGGAGACAGCUGAUGCCCGACCCUUACUCCCAUCUGCUUCAGUCACUGCAUCAUCUGUUCUUUUUUUCCUUCUUCUAUUCUCUUUCCUCUCACCUGGAGUGUUCAUUUGUUUCCCACUGCCUAGCUCUAGUUUUCCACCCUCUCCUGCUUAAGUCGUGGGCUCGAAAAGCACGUGAGCUCAGUAUUCAUACCUCGCGUCAACAUCACCUAAGGUGUACCGCGUGCGACGGGAGAAGAGGAGAGGAGAGUGCCAUCCACAGUGGCACCGACUGGUGUUAGUCUUGUGUUCUUGAGGUGCUGUCGGAUUCAUUUAUAAUUCAUGCAGAACACCUGUACAUAGUUCAGCUUUAUGAAGUAUUUACAUAAAUUACAACAACAAAAAGAAUGCUUCAACAAAAAUAAAGGUUUUAUGUGUGGUUUGAUAUACGAAUGAAGAAAAAAUGCUAAAUGCUUCAUUUCUAUAUAUAAAUAUAUAUAUAUAUAUAUAUAUAUAUAUAAAAAAAAAGAUUUUUUUUUAAUGAAUGUAUCCUAGCAAUAUGUUACGGAGGCUUUAGCAAACAAAACUGUGUGGAAAGACUUGCCGUUUCACACAGACCCCUCUCAGGCCCCUGUCAGAGAUGCUUAAUCAUAAAAGCGUACACCUGCAUUCAGUUUUAAUUUGACAACUUAUCAACUUAUCAACACGGCCCAUAACAGAAUAACCCAAUGCCUCACAGCUAUGGAUAUUUUUAUACUGCUGUUUUAAAGAAAAAGAAGCUGGUUAUUUUGAAUGGCUGGUUAUUUUAAAUAGGUAUCCAUUAUUUGCCUUCAAAUUAUAUAAUUAGCAGUACUCUUCAAGCUACGAUGGAAGCUCACUUGAUAGUCUUCUGUUCUGUUCGACAGAUCAUACUUAGCCGUGUAAGUGAGCACUUACUCUUCUGCUUCAGUGUUUUGCUUGAUCUUAUGCAGUAUUGUUGCCAACCAUAUGUCCGCUCUUUUUUGACGCGUGUAUUUUGGAUGUGAGGCCUGUGCUUAUCAUCCCGCUGUACGUGAAAACGGAUCUUUUCUUUGCUUUCUUUGCACAACGUUGUCUUUGUGGUUGUAUCCCAAGAACCCAAAGCAAAUAAAUCUGUCUGAAAUUGA